AUGGCAUUAGACUCUCAAGUCUGUCACCCUCGAAUCCUAUUUUCAAUCAGUCAUCACUUAUUAUCUCGCCCAGCAACAUCAACUGCGGUUGAACGUGUAUUCUCGCAGGGCCGGCGGCUCAUUCACUUUACUCGCCACCGACUCGUACUAUCAACAAUUCGUGCCUCUCUGUCUCGGAACCUGCCAGUGGGGCAAGAGUGGUCUUCUGGCGAUGGAGGACCUUCUAGCCUCUGA